AAUUAUUAUUUUGGUGUUCCUAAAAUUCAAUCGAGAAUUUGGUAAAAUAUGUUUCUUAUACAUUAUCUUAUCAUUUAAACUUAAGUUAUGAUGUAUUUUUUCCAUUAAAAUUAAAAAUUGUUAGACAAUAUGAAAUUAGGUCUUCCCGUACUUUAUUUCUCCGACAUAAUUUCCGUAUGCAAUGACCUUUGAGUUGAACUCAUUCGGCAAAUCAAAUGCGCAAGCGCAAUAUUUCCGGUAAACAGAAAAGAUGUCGGACACUACAGGUUUGAAGCGAGGGAGAAAGCCGACUUUGACUGAUUCGGGAAGAAAAAGACGACGGACGGAAAUAAAUGCAAAAAAUAAUAAGAACAGAAUUUACAUCGGUAACCAGUACGAUCGCUGGAUGGAAGUAAAGUGUGCGCUUCGUCUUCAAUCUAACGCUGAAGUGGCAAAGAUACUGCUUGAUAAGUUUGAACAACCAACCAGCCCUGCACCUACUCAUGAAAUUUCUGGGAAGACUUCCAACAACUUGAUAACAUCAACCCCUGGGCCAAUGAAAUCUACAAUAAUGAUUAAGCCUCUCCAUUUAUCUGGUGUGUCUGAAAUAUCGUCAUCAGAAAGCGAACUUGGAAGAAACUCUGUGGAUGAGACCCAUAUGUCUGGGAUAGAGGAAAUAUGUAAAAAAGGAGAGUCUUUGGUGGAAAAUACACAAAGCAGCUUUAUAAACCCAUUUGACCUUACCAUUUCUGAGGGUAAUCAUGAAUCAGAAGAUGACGAUAAUUAUUCUGAUGCAGACUACGAGCCAAGUUUUGAUUUGACUUUUAGACAAGAUCAUGGUAUUCCGUCAGAGUCAGAAGAUGAAGAAAUUGAAGAGGAACAAGACCAUUUCCAUGAACAGGAUGAUGAUGCAUGCAUUGAUAAAAUAACAUGCGAGACCGAAGUCAAUACUUUCUUGGAAGACAGACCAUUCAUAUCAUACCAAAGUUCAAUCUAUAACUUGGCUAAAACUCACAUACCCCCUUUUUGCACUGUAAAGGGAUGUUCAAUGCCAGUGGCAAUUAGAACAGAAGUGAUUUCCUCAGCUUUAUAUUUAAAAUGGGUUUGCCAAAGUGAUCAUCUUGUCCAUAAGUGGUGUUCACAGCCCAUCUUAAAUAGAAGAUUACACAGUGGUGACUUGGUAUUUGCCGCAGGUAUCUUGCUGUCGGGUAACAAUUACCAAAAAAUUUCCGACUUCGCCAAGUUUAUCAAAUUGCCUAUUUUAUGCAAUUCAUCAUACCUAAAAAUACAGAGGACAUACCUUGUGCCAUCAAUUGAUAGUUUUUGGGCUCAAUCCCAGGACAUUGUUUUACAAGAGUUCCAAGAUAAAGAAAUAGUAAUAUUGGGUGACGGUAGAAUGGACAGCCCUGGCCAUUGUGUGCAGUUCUGCUCAUACACAUUUAUGGAGUAUGAAACAAAGAAAAUAUUGUCAAUAGUUACCAUGGAUAAGAGGAUGACAGAUAAGAAGAGCACUGUUCUUGAGAAAGCCUGCUUUUUGAAAGGAUUAAGAGAAUUGCUUGCCAAAAAUCUGAAAGUGGUGGAGGUUGUUACUGAUGCUCACCCACAAAUCGAAUCACUGAUGAAAAAAGAUUUCAGUAACAUAAAGCAUUCCUUCGAUAUAUGGCAUGGGGCGAAAAACCUUGGGAAAAAGAUUGUGAAGGUUGCCCAAGAACAGAAUACAAACAGACCUCUACUCGAAUGGUCCAGUGAUGUAGUUAAUCAUUUUUGGCAUUGUGCUGAUAUAUCUAAAACUACGGAAGAGUUUGUGGGAAUAUGGUAUGGGAUCUUGCACCAUACUGUUAAUGAGCAUCAAUGGAUGAUUUCUUAUGGUGACAAUGUACCAAAUGAAUGCCAACAUGGACCACUGUCAUCUGAACGUGACAAGGGAUGGCUCAAGGGUGCGACUCCUCCUCAUGACGCAUUGAUAAAGAUAGUGAUGGACAAACACUUACUUCGGAAAAUACCCUACUAUCUCCAUUGCAGGAGCACAGCCGAAUUGGAGAACUUCCAUGACGUCAUAUUGAAAUAUGCCUCUAAGCGCCACUCUUAUGGUCCACUAACAUACAAUGCCAGAAAUGAGUUAGCAGCAAUUGACCAUAAUGCACACUGCGAAAGGGAAGUUGUGGUGAAUAAAGAUGGGAGUAAACGACUUCAAAGGUACUACAGCAAAAAGGGAGGAAGAUGGACUGUGAAUGAGGUUAAGGCACAAAAAAAGUAUCCUUAUAUUUCGGAUUUACUGAGACAAAUUCUAAUGAAAAGGCUUUCUGAUGAUAUUGGCAUGAACAGGAAUGUGAUCUUAGAAGCAUCUGAUCCUAGGAGACUAUCAGCAACCAUUGCUCCUAUACCUCCUCCUCCAACGCAAGAUCUGAUGGCUGAGAAGAUCUCUAGAUUUAACAGGGAAGACCCGGACAAGACAAUAGACUAUGAUUGGCAAUGUAGUUAA